GACGGAGACAUUGCGCCCGCAAUUGUGAGGCAAGGCUUCAUCCCUUGUGCCCCCGACAACCCCAAGAAUGCAGUCUCUCUUCGCACCCUGGACCUCUAUCGCACUACAAAGAUGCGGGAUCCGCACCUCUCAAUCCAGGCCUUUGUUAAAACAACGUGCGACCUUCACGCAGUCAUCUUUGACCCCCAGCUUCCUCGCCACUUUUCUAUCGCUUUCGACAUAUACUUGCAAGUCCUUGGUUGUGUUGAAGACCUUGUCCGUACCGCAUUACGAAGGGAGUCGCCAGAUUGGCGCCUGGCACACGUCUGCCCUCCUUGCACAUACCGCGUCAAAGACGAACCAGACCUCAAGUUCUCGUUGCUAUAUACGAUGGAUGGUAAUGACUCACUGAAACGCGCAUUCAAACGCACGACUAACCCGGAUGUACAUGGCUACUCGGCCUCGGAUCUCCCAACCAAGCUCAAGAUUCGCUCGGAUCGCUACAUCAAUCGCGAGGAAGUCAAUGGGUGGGCGAAUGCAACACUAGACCAGGCGCUUACGGACCAGGUAAAUAUGAUUGACAAUCCGUGCGCUGGGAGAUGGAAGAAUAUGAAAGAGGAUAUUACAAAGAAGAUGUGGAGCGUUUUUGACGAGACAGGUAUAUUUCUCGCUGUAUGCCGGCACGGUUUCUCUCUCCUUGUGGUCGACAUGAUCAAGAGCGGCGAACUGGCCAAGUACCCCAUCGCGAUUGUCGAGCGGAUGCUCAAGGUAUUCGGAAAGAAUCUCUGCGUAGGCUACGACAUUGGAUGCAAGUUCAAGACCACCCUCCUCAAGAGUCGCCUCGGGGAUCUGGUGCGAAAACUCAAUCAUACGUGCCUUGUCGGCGCCUUCCAUGGACAUGCACAUCGACGUGCGUGUCAGGUUGACUAUCUCACAACAUAUGUCGAAGGUAUUGGCCUAGAAGACUUCGAGGGAUGCGAACGUAAGUACUCAAAGACUAACCCCCUUGCUGGAACAACUCGCCACGCCAACGCAUUCCACCGCCAACAAUACAUCGACACUUACUUGCAUUAUUCGGACGAGUUUGAUGUAUAUCCCGCCCUAACCACAUUUAUGUACAAUAACUACCGUCAAGCCCUCAAGAUCAUCCGCGAAGGUGUCCCAAGCCUCGACGCUGAGAUGAGACGGAUGAAGAUAGCCAACGCGUCCAUCUUUGCGACAUGGCUCGCCGAGGAGAAGACCUACCUCAGGAGCCUCGAAAAGGAACCCGCGGAGGAGACACUACAUAUGGAGUACUGGGAGAAGCUGGUGAACCUGCGAGACAGCAAGUACGUCUUCACUUUCUUUAUUUGCGCGGCAUCUACUUACCUGUACAUCAGAACGCUCCUGGACACCCUGCCCGAUCCAAGCACGUGGACGGACGACACCCCAGCAGCUCGCAAGCGCUCCGACGGUGUGCGCCGGCGGCAUGCACAGGAGAACUACGAUCGGGACAUGCGCGUCGUGCAGGAGCUGGAGAGCCAGCUCGAGGUAGAGCACCGGUGGGAGGAGGGGAGUGAUGAUUGGGUGAAGACCGGCCGCAUGGUCGCCAUGCGUUCGUAUCAGCGAGCGCUCGACAAGCUCGAGGGGCUCAUUGUGGCUCGUAUCUUCGAGCUCAACAGCAUGAACAAGCCAGGAAUGGGGUAUGCACUACGACAGCAUAUCGGCAAGGCACUCAAGGCGCGCGCUUCAGCGAUACGCACGGCGCUGCAGAAAUACAACAUCGCUGCUGCUGCUCUGAAUCCACCUCGCAGUCAUCUCUCCUGGGACGACGUCGUGAACUACGCGUUUCUGGCCGACUUCGACCUCCUUCGCGAUACACGACAGGAUAUCUCGACUCGUGACUGGGCAAAGCCAGCUGCCCGCUCAACCAUGGAUCUACACUUCAAGAUCUGCCGCGCGCGCGAGGAGAUCGUGCGCCUCGACGUCGAGGUGAAGCGCAUGGCCACAUACCUGCACGACGAGGACCGGUAUCUUAUAGCAUGCGAGGAGAUACUGCGUCCCCUUCACGCGCCGCUUGCUAUGCAGGUUGCCGUGUACCGCAGUGUCCGCGCUCGCUGCAACGAACAUCACUGGAAGAGGCUUCGCGACAUCGCGAAGCUGGAAGGUUUUACCGGCUCAAUCGACGUUGGCGAGGGCGCGCAGACGGGGCUCGGCGAGAGUGCAUCUACCCCUUGCCCCAUUGUUCCCCCAACCCUUCUGUCAUCUUGCUCGAGAUUGCCCAUGCUGGAGGGAGAGUCCGAUCUCGAGGACACAGAUGAUGAUGAUGAGGAGCCAUCCCCGGACAGCGUAGACGACGUAGACGACACCCAGGAGCUUAUCAACGCCAUCUUUACACUAGGGUCUGAGGACCCCUAG